AAGCCUUCAAUGAUACCAGAGUUCCCUCUUGUGUUUGAAUUGUGGUUCUGCAUCUAGGCUACUUUACUAUUGUGAAAGACUAGACUAUCAUUUUCCCUUCAGUCUUGAACAGAGAGAUCAUGAAACGAUCAUAACCAUCUGUCGAAACCAUCUAGUACCUGGGCAGUUUAGGAGAGCGCCUAUACCUUCCCAAAGUGACAGGGUUACAGUUUAUCACUACUGUUUAACGUGUAAAGGAAUGUUUUUAGGACACAAAAACCUAACAGCACACUUCGUAGGCUACUUAACAUCAAACAUUCCGUUUUUUUAAAAACGAAGCAGAUUAAAGAAAUGUUUUUGACACAUAUCGCGAGAAAGUAAACAAUGACUCGCUAACGCGUCACAACACCCCAAUUCUGUGAAACAUCUAUAGAAACUCUCACUUAUUAUAACAACUUCCUGACGACUUCGCUGUGGACAGCAGCCCCUCCUCUUUCACUUUCAGUUCGGAACUUCGGAAGGUCUUGUGGCCAAACAGGCUUGAGAUAAGAAUACGUUGGAGGUGUUUUACAUUACAAACAAAAUACAGCGCCUGUAAAGAAUAACAUUUAUGAAUAUCCAACAGCCAGACGUCGUAUGUAAUCGUUUUUGCGAUUAUUUAUUUCGAAAGUUUCAACAGAGAGCUCAAUUUGUUCUUAAUUCACCUACGAUAAUGAAUGAAACACUUCCUUUAGCUUUAGUGGGCGAGCGGUGACGUCCAGAAAUAUUUGUACUUUAGGUUGAGUUCUGUUGUGACAGUGGGCUAUGAGGCGAGAUUCAGUUCACUAUGAACGCUCAACAGUUGGUCCUCAAACAACGAGCAGAGCUUCUGGCAGUUCUGUGUGGCGGCGGCAGCGAUGAACCUCUGGAGAGUGUUUUGGACCUGCUACUUGCUCAGGAAGUUCUUGUCUGGGAGGAUUACCUUAGGGUACGAGUGGCAGAGAAACCCUUGUGUGCUAACAUUAGGCAACUUUUAGAUUUGGUCUAUGACAAAGGAGAAGAUGCAUGCAGUCUUUUUUUGGCUGCGAUUGACCAAGAAUUACCUGAGGAGCAAAAGGCUGGACUAUGUUUUGGUAAUGGAUGCGCUGUGGUGGGCAAGGACGGACCAGACACUGCAACUUCAACAUUACUGGCUGACAGGCCAAUGUUAGUGAGACGGCUCAGAGAUAAUAUUGAUGGAGCACUAAAUAUUUUACUGACGACUGGUUGUUUCACCAUUAAAGAUUGUGAUAGUGUUCAGCUACCAGUAUACACACCCUCACAACAGGUUCGAAGACUGUUAGACCAAGUGAAGUUUAAAGGGGAAACUGCUGCAAAAACCUUACUGCAAUAUCUAGAGCAACCCGAGCCAACCACACCAAACUCCGAAGAGAAAGAAAAUACACCCUCUGCUGAUUGUCUGGUCUACCAGAAGAAGCUGCGAAGCUCUGUUGCUUCCCAGUCCCUCUUCCUUAGCACCUAUGGUGGAACAGGGCGUUUCUCAUUGGAUGACAUUUACACUGAUGGACAUCUUGAAGUGAUGAAUAGCUCUGGUCAAACUACAACAUUAGGGCUGGAGGAUGUAGUGGGUCCCAUGGGGACUCUUAAUGAAGAUGCUGACACUGUUCUUGUGUCUGGGGAGGCAGGAAGUGGCAAAAGCACAUUAGUUCAGCGACUGCACUUGCUCUGGGCAAGAGAAGAUUUGCUCACAAACACCUUUCUGCUGUUCCCCUUCAGUUGUCGCAAGCUAAACGCAGAGCACAGAGAGCUUUCUCUGAAAGAGCUCCUCUUCCUGCACUGCUGCUGGCCUGAUCGAAACCAGGAUGAGGUCUUCCAGUUCAUCCUAGACCACCCUCAUUUGGUGCUCUUUACCUUUGACGGACUCGAUGAGUUUAAACUGGGUUUCACAGAUGAAGAACGUCACUGCUGCCCUACAAAGCAAGUGCCUAUACCCGUAUUGCUUUUCAAUCUGUUGCAGGGUACUCUAAUGAAGGGCGUUAUGAAGGUGGUCACCAGCAGGCCACACGCUGUGGGCCCAUCACUGAAGCGCUAUCUCCGCAAAGAAGUGCUCCUCAAGGGUUUUUCUCCUGGAGGUAUCGACUGCUUUGUUAGGAAACAUUAUAGUGACCCUACAAUGGCUACAAGAGUCAUAGAGUCUGUGCAGGGUAACACUGCAUUACUAGGUCUUUGCCACAUUCCUGUCUUCUGCUGGAUUGUGAUCAAGUGCUACCAGGAACUCCUGGCUGGUCAAGAUGGUAUUCCUCAGACCAUCACUGAUGUCUACCUCCUCGUUUUACAGCAUUUCUUCCAGCGAAAGUCAUCUCAGCCCCAAAGUGGUCUGGGAAAGGCCUGGUUGGCUGAACAUUUGGACACAGUGUUAAAGCUCGGAGAGUUGGCACUAGAAGGUCUGCAAGCCUCCUGCUAUGUGUUCUCAGGUUAUGAGCUACAGAGAAACAGGCUCACAGAGCAGGAUGUCAGCAUGGGCUUCCUCAUUUACUGCAGUGAUAUAUCUGUGACUGAUUGUAAACGCUAUGAAUUUCUGCACAUUACCUUACAGUGUUUUUUUGCUGCUCUGUAUGUUAUUCUAAAUCGCAGCAAUGAUCGUUCUGCUAUCUCCAGACUCUUUCAGCCUCGCAACAGGCAGGUGUCAGGCUUGUCUCAAAGCUGUCUGGGACACUGUAUGGAUCAUCCAGUAGAGGAGUCCCAUGAGGCAGAGACAGCAAACUUCCAGAUUACAGCUCAGUUUGUGUCAGGACUUUUAUCCCUGAGGCACAUUAAUCUCCUCCUGGAGUGCUGUCCUGAUGCUGCGCGUGAACGCAAUGUUAAGCAGGUAGUCAAGUCAUUGUCUAAAAGGAUGCAGAGACAUUUCAAGUCCAUUCCUCGUCCUGUAGAGGGUGAAAAGAAGAGCAUGCAUGCCAUGCCAAGUUUUGUUUGGCUGAUCAAGUGCAUCUAUGAAAUGCAAGACAACAGUAUUGCGCAAGAUGCCAUGGCUAAGUUGGAUGUUGAGCACCUGAAGCUCACCUACUGUAACAUUGGGCCUGUUGAAUGCACUGCGCUGGCAUAUGUGCUCAAGAACUUGCGUAAACCAGUUGGACUACAGUUGGACAACAAUUCAGUGGGAGAUGUGGGUGUGGAGCAGCUUCUGCCGUGUCUGCCUAUGUGCCACUCCCUUUACUUAAGGAACAACAGCAUAUCAGAUGAAGGAAUACGGAAACUUCUGGAAAAGGGAAUGGAGUGUGAAAACUUCCAGAAAAUAGCGCUUUUCAACAACAAGCUCACUGACGCUUGCACCCAAUACUUUUCUUGGCUGCUAAAAUCAAAGCAGAACUUCCUGGCUUUGAGGCUUGGAAAUAAUUACAUCACAUCAGUUGGAGCAGAGCAGCUGGCAGAAGGCCUAAGCUACAACCAAUCUUUACAGUUUCUGGGAUUAUGGGGUAAUAAAAUUGGAGACAGGGGAACUGAGGUAUUGGCGGAUGCGCUGAUGAAUAGCAAAACAUUAAUAUGGCUAAGUCUGGUGGAUAAUGGUGUGGGCAGUGCCGGUGCAUGUGCUCUGGCUAAAUUUAUCAGACAGAACAAAAGUCUGGAGGAAUUGUGGUUAAACAAAAACUCUAUCUGCAAGGAGGGGGUAGAUUGUCUGAUAGAGGCACUGAAAAGAAACACUAGUGUUAAGAAAGUCUGGCUGAGAGGAAAUAAUCUGAGCCCACAGGAAGAAGAGCAGCUGAGCCAGCAAGAAUGCAGAUUGACCUUCUGAGGGCAUGAAGGCUCUGUAAUGCCUGCCAUCAAACUCCCAAAUCCAACGGUCAUCAUUUUCCUUUAAAAAACAAAUAAACUGGCAACCAUAAACACACAAGCAGGAAGUCAUGGUUUAGCUAGUCAAAGUUAGCAUUGGAUAUCCAGGAUACUGAUCCGAAUGUCAGCUGGGGAGAUUGACUGGGAUUUACUUACUGUUUUGCCUUGAAUGUGUCUUCGAGGUGUGUCUUGUUUCGUCCAGAUUUUAUAAAUGUAGUUUAUAAAACGUUUGUGUGUGUGUGUGUGUGCGUGUGUGUGUGUAAAAAAGCUCUAGCAUUAUAAAUGAGUAACAUGCAAAAUGUCAACCAAAUCUAUACUGUACAUGAAAACACAUUUGUCUGGCUUGAUACUUGUACUCAUCCCCAGUUUACUGUUAGUAUGUGUAUUAUUUUGAUAUGUUGGUUGUUGUUUUUUGUAUUGUAGGCUAUAUAUAGAAAAACUGAAUAUAACUAUUUAACUGAAUAUAUUCAGUUAAUUUAAGGGUCUGUUACUUGCAUCAUAGAAUGUCAGGUUUUCUUAUGCUGAGUGUUGAAUGGCUUAAAGUACACAUUCGAUGACUUAUUAAA